AUGGCUAAGGAACAAGCCAACGCCGGGCAGGUCGCCAACGGCGGUGCUGCCAAGCUGGAUGAUGGCGCCAAGGGCACCAGUGGCUCAAGCGACGCAGACGCCGCCGCAAAGGAUGCUACAAGGGCCAUGCUGAAACAGCUUAUAGUCGCCGGUGCUCCCUUUGCCCGCCCUUUGACUUUAGCUGCUGCCGGAGCCGGGCGGAUUUUACAAUACAACCCAACAAUCCCCGCCAUACAACCAUUUUGGCAGGGGUUUGACUAUGUGCGGCUGACACUUUGCAGUGCCGAUACCAGGCAAAAGUAUCAAAAGUACGACAUGAUAAAGCUCAGCGCCGUACAUUUCUCCAUGCACGAGGAGAUUCUUAAAGCGCGCCAAACGGCCCUCCUGCUAUUCGAUGUGGACCGGUCUGAGCUUCUGGGGGUGUGGAAGGCGGUUGAAACUGUCGGAGACGGCAGCAACACCUACAUCACCUGGCGUGUCGUGAAGCGCCUUGCACCCAUGAGCAAGGAAGCCUUUCAUGCGUCGGCCGCUGGCACGGUUUUCCCCACACUUCCGCCGACUGACACUUCUGCCAGUGCACGUGGGGAAGCUGCGCGCUUGGCUCUAAGAGUGCUUUCAGAGCAUGCCGUAUCAGCCCUGGGAUCUAAUGGAUUUGUUGCGCGUGUGGCAAGUGAGGCUGGAUCACCGCCUGCGGCACAGCCGGCGGCAUUAGUGCCUGGGCCACCCACCACAGAUGCGUCCGCUAAACCUCCGACGGCUCUGCCAGAGAUGACGGAGACGUCGAUUUCUCUGGGCGGAGUGCAGCCGGCGGUAACAACUCCACUAUCGCAUCCGGUGACGCCGAUUGAUUCAACAACUUCGACAACGUUGACGCCGCUACCUUCAGCGGGUUCAGAUGCACCAGCGGCGACGGCAUCGUUGUCAAAGUCUUCAGGUUUUCCUGUGAUAGAAAUGUCGCAGAUGUCUUCAGCGUCUUCAGCGUCUUCAGCGUCGCAGGUAAAAGAAGACAUUACCGUGGUGGAGGCGGCACCGCGUCCACCAGCACAAGGUACUCUGGAUGCUGCGCCGACAGCACCACCGUUGUCUGCGCCGAGCGACGAUGCUACUGCUGCUGCGUCAGCGGUGUUGGCGGGACCGCCGACAGCACCAGCGGUUGAGGGUGCUGACCUGCCGGCGGGUGGCGAAGUACAGCCCGCGGUCAGUCUCGCCCGCAGCAGCAGCAACAACGACAGGAUUGCGACGGAGGCUUCAUCUUCGGAGGCGCCAUCUAUUCCCAGCACAUCCACAUCCACAGGCAUCGGUCUCCCAGAGUCAGGAGGAACCCUUGCCGCUCCAACCGACCAGCCCGCUCCAGCAUCGCCGCCACGAGAUACUGCUGGAAUGGCUACCUCUGUCGUACAUGCUGCUGCAACCACGCCAGCGCCACUCAUCCCGCCGUGGCGCCGCUUCAAGGAGCUGCAGCUGCCCCUGAGGCAACGGCGCGAGGCGCAAGCCGCGGCACAGCCGCCGUCGUCGGGCGCGACGUCUUCGGGGGUAGUCUCAACAGGCCCAACCCCGGUUGUGGUUCCGGCUGGGGCCCCAGCACCGUUGGUGAUAGCGACAUCAGUUCAGAUGGCAGGGGUCUCUGGGGCCCCUCGGGGCCUGGUCACUCCGUGGCCAGCCGUUAACUCCAGAGACGUGACCCCGCCGGCGGCGGCUCUUGCCACGGCGGCAGCAGCUAGCCCUACAGCGCCUGUGAAUGUCCAGAUUGUCCAUGCAGUCUCCCCGCCUCAAAUGCCACAGCCCCUGCAAUCGUCUAUCACGGCAGCGGCGCCUGUAUCGGCCCCGGUACCGGCCAAUACUGCUGCACCUGUGCCUACGCCUUUGGCGCCUGUGGCAGCUGCGGCGUCAGUGGCGGGGCCUCUGCCGCCGCCGGCAUCCGUGCCCCUGCCGCCACCGGUGGUACAGACACACCCGGGUCCAGCGACGAUCCGUCCAAGCUUCCUCUUGGCAGCGCGGUCUGGUUCAAUGCCAGCUGUGGCCGCCGGUGGAGGGGCUCCGCCACGGCCGGUCGCUUCGAUGAUGGCGCCUGUGCGACCUGUCCAAUCGGCCUUGGCUUCUGCAGCACAACCUGGGGUCCGCCCCAUCAUGCGACAGGUUAUCGCGCCGGGUCCCCAGCCCACGCAACUCGCGUCCGUGCCGCCGCUGCGACCAGCCGUCGCGGCCCCGGCUCCGCCCCCGGGACCAUCUGUAACCACGGGCGGGUUGCAAAUACCCACAUGGGAGCCACCCUCGGUUGCAGCGGUAGCGCCUCCGGCGGACGCGCAACUGGCUGCACUAGCAGAGCCCCCGCUUCCCCGUCAGCCAGCCACCCGUCUUCUCUGCCCUUUGUGCCACGAGCGCACAGGCUGCUGGUUCUUACUGAGCUGCAAGCACAUGGGCCCCUGCGAGGUGUGCUGUUCGGAACCCGAGCAGGUCCAAGCGAUGUACCCUACCUGUGUUCGUUGCGGUGAAGUGGUCUCGGCCAAAACGAUGAUGAAGGCGCGCGUAUCAUGAGAAUCCUCGGCGGCCGGUUCCCCCUCAUUCUGGGCAAGCUGGAGGACGACACGACUCUCCGGUGAGCGGUGGCCAUGUGCAUUUGCUGUUGGUGCUGCAGUGGGGUGGCUUGUGAGCGUCUCUUCGGACGGACUAGGACUAGGGAAAGAGCGGCCGGGGCUACGGAAUGGUUCAGAAGCGUCUUCGGAUGGGCGUGUGAAGGAAGCGUCGUGGAAUACCUUACCUCACUUAUGUGGCGUCGCGGCACAGCGAGCUACGUCGUCGGUGGUGUGUGUAUGGCGUAUGGUGGUAUUGGGGUAUUCGUUGGCGCGGGAGCCAGUGAAUGUGAGCCCACCCCGGACUCAAAGCGGAUUUGUGUGUUUUGAAGUGAAUGGGUAGGCGGGAUGCAGGAUAGGGAUAGGCGGGAUGCGGGAUGGGAAGCGGCGGUGCAUGGCCGAGACACAGUCGGUGUGGUGAGAGUCUGUUGUUGCCAGAGUCAGUGGGCUGUGUGCGAUCGAAACAGAUCAGUUCAUGCGAUGCCGCAGCGUGAACUGCGAAGUCAUAAGGGAGACUGAUAUGCUGUAUGCAAUUAGUCUCGAUUCCGUUUGCAACGCAAGAAGGAGGGCGGCAACAGGGUUCAAGGCUGCGCAGUAAGAACAUAUCUAACUGACGAAUCUGCUCUUACGUUAGUCUGCGCUGCUCUGCUCUGCCCUUUUUUGACAGUUGCGGUGUAAAAGAGUGCGGUCCUGUUAGUCCUUUGUCGCGGCGCAAAUUUUUUGCUGAGCCGGAUGGUAGCAUGCUAAAGGCAUCCGAAAAGACAGGGUUGGCGAGCGUGGUGGUAUGAUGCGUGGGCGGCGAAUUUCAGGUGACAAUUAUUGCCCGUGGAAACUGUCUUGCGGAAGGUACAAUUUUUUUGUGGCCCCAGGGCAGUCUCAGGGCGGCAUUCGACUGCGUUGGAUAGGACGGCUCUGAGAAAAGGACACAUGAAGUCAAAAUAUAUUCAGCUUUAUCCUUAUCAUCGCAGCCGCGCUGGGGUUUUGAACUUAGCUUGAUUACCUGUUAGCAAAUGUUUGCAAACGUGUUGGAAUGCGCGGUGAGGCAGGGAUGAGUGGAAUCUUUGCGGGGCAGUAAUGGCACCCUGGACAGCUGUGAUAUUAGGACUUGAGGUGAUGUGCGUUGAAAUCUACGUUCGAAAG